AUGAAGUGGUUGCUCGCCAGCGGGUUGAUCUCGCUUUUUGCGACAACUGCGACAAGUUGGCCGUACGACGAGGCCUUUCUCGAUUACAAUCUUAAUCAAAACAAAACAGCUACUAAUCCAGCUGAGUACUGGGGAGAAUGGCCCGAUCAUGCUGGCAAAUACCAUCCCUCCCCGAAGAACUGGCGUUUCCCGUUCUACACUCUUUUCAUGGAUCGCUUUGUCAACGGUGACCCAACCAACGACAAUAUCAACGGUACACAAUUCGAGCAUGAUCUUGACUCGACUCAAAUGCGCCAUGGUGGCGAUGUGGCUGGCCUCGUCGAUACUCUGGAUUACCUUCAAGGAAUGGGCAUUAAGGGUCUCUAUCUUGCCGGAACCUCUUUACUCAACCAACCGUGGGGUGCCGACGGUUAUUCGGUGAUGGACACAACUUUGCUCGAUAUGCACUAUGGUACACUCCAGGUUUGGCGAGAUGCGAUCACCGAGAUCCACAGGCGCGGAAUGUACGUGUUGUUUGACAACACUAUUGCUACAAUGGGUGAUUUGAUCGGAUUCGAAGGGCAUCUCAACUCUUCCACUCCCUUUUCAGAGAAGGAGUGGGGAACACAAUGGAAAACCGAUCGUCGCUACGUUGAUUUCGAUAUCGGCAAAGGUGAUUACAACGCUACUUGUGACUACCCUCGUUUCUGGUUCGAAGACGGCAACCCCGUCAAUCAAUCUCAACUUUCGGAGCUCGUUGGUUGUUAUAACAGCGACUUUGACCAAUAUGGUGAUAUUGAAGCUUUCGGUGUGUGGCCUGAUUGGAAGCGUCAGCUGGCCAAGUUUGCCUCCGUCCAAGAUCGUCUCCGAGAAUGGGUCCCAUCUGUUCGCGAGAGAUUGAUCAGACACUCCUGUAUGAUUAUCGCAUCACUGGAUAUUGAUGGUUUCCGUUACGAUAAGGCCACUCAAGCCACUGUUGAGGCCCUCGGUGAGAUGUCCGCUGCCUAUCGCCAAUGUGCCCGAGACGUUGGUAAAGAUAAUUUCUUUAUUGCCGGCGAAAUCACUGGAGGAAACGACUUCGGUACUGUUUACCUCGGACGAGGCAGACAGCCCAGCCAGUGGCAGACCUCGACCCCCCUCCAAACGAUGUUGUUGACCAACGAAUCUGCCGCGCAAAACUUCUUGCGCGAAGCUGGCAACGAAGCAAUCGAUGGCGCGGCAUUCCAUUACACGACAUACCGUGCUCUGACUAGAUUCCUUGGUAUGGAUGGACAGCUUUCGGCUGGAUAUGAUGCCCCCGAUGACUGGGUCCAGGGGUGGAACUAUAUGGUGCAAUCGAACGACUUAAUCAAUGCCAACACUGGAGUAUUCGACCCCCGACACAUGUAUGGUGCUACGAACCAGGAUGUGUUCCGCUGGCCAGCUAUUAGCAAUGGUACUCACAGACAGCUGCUCGGUUCUUUCGUGACGACACUUAUGCUCCCCGGAAUCCCUCUUCUUCUUUGGGGAGAAGAGCAGAACUUUUAUGUGCUAGAUGGUACCGCGUCGAACUACAUUUAUGGGCGACAGGCAAUGUCCCCCGCAACGGCUUGGAGAACCCAUGGCUGCUUCCACUUGGACUCAUCCCAGUACUAUAAUUGGCCUGUUAACGCCGCUAGAACCGGCUGCACGGACAGAACAGUGGCCUACGAUCACCGCGAUCCUUCCCAUCCUUUGCGUAACAUCAUGAAGCAUAUGUACCAAAUGCGUGAGGACUUCCCAGUCCUCAACGACGGCUAUGCUCUCAACAACCUGUCAAAGAGUACCAUCAACGUGCUGUACCCUGGUUCCAACACCACAGUCACAGAGACCGGAAUGUGGUCUGUCUCUAGAGAUGUCAACGCUGCGGUGCCUAAUCAAAAGUUGGGCUCUGGGAAUGAUACUACCCAGCCGGUAUGGUUUGUCUACUCGAAUCUCAACGACACAAACACCUACAAAUUUGAUUGCAACAGCGAAAAUGAUACAAAAACCUUGACCGCGCCAUUUGACUCCGGAACAACAGUCAAGAACCUUUUCUACCCGUAUGACGAGCUCACCCUGGAGACAGGUGUGCGGAAACUCGGUUUCCUUGGAUCGAAAAAGUUCAACGGCUGUCUUCCUUCCCUGAAGUUGAAGGCGUAUGAGUUCCGCGCAUAUGUUCCCAUAGACAUUCACAAGAAGGCUCGGCCUAUGAUCACCCAGUUUUCCCCCGGCCAUGAUCACCCGCAGUUAUCGACCGUGGGGGCCAAUUCUUCCGAGAGUGUGAGGGUUGAGUUCUACUUCUCCGAAGCAAUGAAUUGUGACUCGGUCAAGAAAUCGCUAUCAUUCACUUCAUCCACAGAGUUCAAUUCGCUACCAAAACUCAACGAAAAAACCAUCAACUGCACGUCUGUUGAUAUGCCACUCCGAACGAACUGGACAAGUGAAAUUCGAAGUACCUUCAUGUGGGCAGCAAAUCUGACUGGAGUUUACAACGGAAUCCAUCGAUUGACGCUCAACAAUGUUACCAACGCUGCCGGCAAUGCUUCCACAAACGCCGUCGAUCACUUCCUCUUGCGUAUCGGCCAAUUCGAUAACCCCAUGAUCCACCAGGAUACUGGAGCAAACUACUCGAGCAGUUUGCUCCACAAGAGAACCAAUGGCGAUCUUUUCAUUCAGCACCACGCUGCCGGUGCCGACAAAUACCGUUACUCCACUAAUUGGGGAACUACAUUCUCCAACUGGAUCACAUACAAGGGUGGUAACGACACUAUUGAAAAGCUCGCUUGGUCAGGAACCAAGAAGCAAGAAUGGUCUGGUGACCACGUGCGUGUUGAGUACUGGAGCCGUUUGACCGGUAGCAGUGAUUACGUGCAGGAAGGUGACAUGAACGAUGACGAAAAUUGGAAGGGCAAACCACCGCGUCGUUUCCCGCACGCAUUCUUCAACGGACCUUAUAACCAGUAUGGUUACGAUGGCGGCCUCGACAACGCUAUCAAGUUUGAUGAAAACACAGGAAUUUGGUCUUAUCAUUUCACUUCCGAGUGGCCUGCCGUUGGACAGCUCAAUAUCUGGGGCAUAAACCCAGAUGGAGAGCCUGAUCAAACCUGGGUGCUAGGUGAUGCUGACAAUGAUACCAUCCUGGACCGCAUGCCGCCGUCUUCUCUCUCAGCAACUCUGAUCAACAUCACUCAUGCUCCUGCUAAGGGAUACCUCUCACACAAAAUUUAUAUCAACGACGCGACUCUCAAAUUCUGGCUCGAUCCCGUUGGACCCCAGUCAACCCAGAUUGCCAUGUUCGUGCUCUUCUGGAUUAUCCCCUUCCUCACCGCCGUGGGUACCGUCUACAUCUUCAUGAAGUCGUUCUACAAGGUCAAGUUCAACCAGGUUGGUGUCAGCGAGAAGCACUCAAUGAUACCCCUUGCCUUCUGGAAGAAGCUCAAGCCCUCCCGCACCGGAAAAGAUCAGUCUUCAAACCCACUAAUGCGUCUGGCCAAUAAGUCUGGCUUCAUGCAGAGCACUACGGCUCUAGGCGGUGCUCUCGCUUCCGGCAAGCGCCGCAUGGUCCUCAUCGCUACUAUGGAGUAUGAUAUUGAGGAUUGGGCUAUCAAGAUUAAGAUCGGUGGUCUUGGUGUCAUGGCUCAACUCAUGGGCAAGACCCUUGGCCACCAAGAUCUGAUCUGGGUUGUCCCUUGUGUUGGAGGUGUCGACUACCCGGUUGACCAGGCCGCUGAGCCUAUGACAGUUACCAUCCUCGGCAGUUCCUACCAGGUCCAAGUCCAGUACCACGUUUUGAAGAACAUCACCUAUGUCUUGCUCGAUGCUCCUGUGUUCCGCCAACAGUCGAAGACUGAGCCCUAUCCAGCUCGCAUGGAUGACUUGGACUCUGCUGUCUACUACUCAGCUUGGAACCAAUGUAUUGCGGAAGCUAUCAAACGAUUCCCUAUUGACGCCUAUCACAUCAACGAUUACCACGGUUCUCUCGCCCCGCUUUACCUCUUGCCAAACACUAUCCCGGCUUGUCUCUCUCUUCACAAUGCUGAGUUCCAGGGUCUGUGGCCUAUGCGAACCCUCAAGGAAAAGCAGGAGGUCUGCUCCGUCUUUAACCUUGAUGAAGAGGUCGCUCGGCGUUACGUCCAAUUCGGUGAAGUAUUUAACUUGCUGCACGCCGGAGCUAGUUAUCUCCGUGUUCACCAACAGGGCUUCGGUGCCGUUGGUGUCUCCAAGAAGUACGGCAAACGUUCAUACGCUCGGUACCCCAUUUUCUGGGGUCUGCGCAAGGUCGGCAACCUGCCCAACCCCGAUCCAUCUGAUGUUGGUGAGUGGACUAGGGAACCUACCAAGGAAGAGGACAUUACCGUCGAUGCCACCUACGAGGCUGGCCGUGGCGAGCUUAAGAGACAGGCCCAGGAGUGGGCCGGACUCGACCAGAACCCCGAUGCCGAUCUUCUUGUGUUCGUCGGUCGCUGGUCUAUGCAAAAGGGUGUUGAUCUGAUUGCGGACGCCAUGCCUGCGGUUAUUGAGGCGCGCCCCAACGUGCAGCUGAUCUGUAUCGGACCCGUCAUUGAUCUUUACGGUAAAUUCGCGGCCCUGAAGCUCGACCACAUGAUGAAGGUCUAUCCCGGACGUGUCUUUUCGAAGCCUGAAUUCACUGCACUCCCGCCUUUCAUUUUCUCCGGUGCUGAAUUCGCCCUGAUUCCCUCUCGCGAUGAGCCCUUCGGCCUUGUCGCCGUCGAGUUUGGUCGCAAGGGUGCUCUGGGUAUCGGUGCUCGUGUUGGUGGUCUUGGUCAAAUGCCAGGCUGGUGGUACAACGUGGAAUCUACCUCAACUUCGCAUCUGCUCAUCCAAUUCAAGCUUGCUAUUGAGGCUGCGCUGAACUCCAAGACUGCCACUCGUGCAAUGAUGCGUGCUCGGUCUGCUAAGCAGCGUUUCCCUGUUGCCCAAUGGGUUGAAGAUCUCGAGAUCUUGCAAUCCACUGCCAUCACUAUCCACAACAAAGAAGCGACGAAGACUCACACUGGCCAGACUCGCCCUGGCACUUCGUCUGGAGGCAGCACUUACAGUGGUGUCAUGGGCGGUUUGCCUUCGCCUGGAAUGAACUCCCCCUUCGCCCAUUCCCGGGAGAGCAGCUACUCCUUCAACCAGAUGAACGAUGCUUCCGCGCCAAAGAAGAUCAGCUACAGCAUAGAUCCCAGCCAGGACGAUACAGAGAAGCCAAAGUCAGGACUGAGCCGGUCUCUCUCCCUGGGUGUCCGCUCCGGUCCUGGUCACGCUGGACGUCGCAGGCAGGCACCAGCCACAGCAGGUAUCCCAGAAACCGAUACAGAUGCCGACGUCGAGGAUAGCAGUGACGAGGAUCCUUCCAACGAUCUGUUCGAAGAUGACGAGUACACUCUCACCCCAGCCCAGGUUGAGGAGGGACGACGUGCCCAGGCCGCCCAAAAGGCGCGUGCCCAAGGCAUUGCUUCUCCCACUAGACGCCUCAGCCAAGAAUCCCUGCACCCCAGAUUCAUGAUCCCUCCUCAGAGUCCUGGAAUUCCUAGCAGUCCCGGAAGCCCCGGAACACCCCCAACCGCUGAUAACCUCCUUCUCCCUCCUCGCCCUCUUGGUGAAUCCCACCGCUACAGCAGCGCGUCCGUUCUCUCUCUCGACUCCGUCGUCGGUAAGAAGACAGAUUUCAAGCUGCAGAAGGUCGAUCCAUUCUUCACUGAUAGCACCGGAGAGUACUAUAAGACCUUCGACAAGAAACUGGAUGCACUGAACGGCACCAACUCCGAAUCACAACUGUGUAUCGAGGAGUUCCUGAUCAAGAGUGAGCAGCAGUGGUUCAACAAGUUCCGCAAUGCCAGACUGGGUCGCACCAAAUCUCCCACGCCAUCAAUCCGCCUUUCAAGAAACAACGACUCGCCUCCUAACUCCUUCUAUCACGAUGAUGGUGCCUCGCACAUUGCCAGCAGCGAAGAUCACCCAACUGACGACGAGUUCCUCCUCGGAAAGGACUAUGUCCCUCCCACUGGUCUCAAGAAAUGGAUGCAGAUCAAACUGGGUGACUGGCCUGUCUACUCCAUCUUCCUUGCUUUGGGUCAGAUCAUUGCCGCGAACUCGUAUCAGAUUACUCUGCUUACUGGUGAAGUUGGUGAAACUGCCGAGAAGCUGUACGGAAUUGCCACAACCUAUGCCAUCACAUCCGUCUGCUGGUGGCUCGUGUAUCGAUACUUCAAGUCUGUCGUCUGUCUGUCGACUCCUUGGUUCUUGUACGCUAUUGCAUUCAUGUUCAUUGGCUCUGCCCAUUUCGAAACCGACUCCUUCACUCGUGGAUGGAUUCAAAACGUUGGCAGUGGCUUCUACGCCGCGGCCUCCUCCAGUGGCUCCAUUUUCUUCGCCUCCAACUUUGGUGACGAGGGCGGUGCUCCAGUCGAAACCUGGAUUUUCCGUGCUUGUGUCAUUCAAGGUCUUCAACAGGCGUACGUGAUUGCACUCUGGUACUGGGGUUCUACCAUGACCAAGGCUUCUGCACAAGGUCUAUUGACUUCCACCAACAACAUCUCCAACUCCUGGAAGAUGUCGGCUAUCUGUUACCCUAUCGCCCUCUUCCUUGUUCUUGUCGGACUUCUCUUGGCCUUCGGACUUCCCAACUACUACCGCCAAAAGCCAGGCAAGGUGCCUUCCUUCUACGUGUCCCUCUUCCGGAGAAAGAUCGUCACCUGGAACUUCAUCGCAGUCAUUCUGCAGAACUUCUUCAUGAGUGCACCGUACGGCCGGAACUGGAGCUUCCUCUGGGGUUCCAACCACACCAAGCCAUGGCAGAUCGUCCUCCUCUGUAUUGUGUUCUUCGGUUUCGUAUGGUGUAUCUUCCUCUUCUUCGUUAGCAAGUUCUCCAAGCGACACAGUUGGUUCAUCCCCGUCUUUGCCUGUGGUCUGGGCGCACCACGAUUCAUCCAAAUCUGGUGGGGUAUUUCCGGAAUUGGCUACUACCUACCCUGGGCCGGCGGGUACACCGCGGGAGCACUUGUAUCUCGCAGUCUCUGGCUGUGGCUGGGCGUGUUGGAUUCCAUUCAAGGUCUUGGAUUUGGUAUCAUCCUGUUGCAGACUCUUACCCGAGUCCACAUGUGUUUCGCUCUUAUUGCAUCUCAGGUGCUUGGUUCCAUUGCGACCAUCUGCGCCCGAGCUUUCGGCCCCAACAAUGUUGGACCUGGGCCGAUUUCUCCUGAUAUGACAUUUGGUGCCCAUGCUUUGGCUAAUGCCUGGUUCUGGGUCGCAUUGUUCUGUCAACUUCUUAUUUGUGCUGGUUUCCUACUCUUCUUCCGCAAGGAGCAACUGGCCAAACCUUAA